GAAGAGGAGGAGGAGGAGGAGGAGGAGGAGUUGUGGAGUGGCACUGUGUUAAAUAGAUGUCACUCUGUAAACACCUCAUUCAGCUGUGGGGAGUGUGGGAGAGUCAACGUCUGGCAUGGAAACUAAAAUCAUUUAUUUCACAGUGAAUGGAAGACCCGAGCAGGCGGAGUUCCCUGUUGACUGUCCUGCACAAGACAUCAAAGAUCUUUUCCGCUCAGCAGCUGAAGCUGGCCCUCAUGACAUCCUAAAGCUCUACAACCCCAAAGGCAACAUCAUCAACAUCUCCCCUCAGCUGACCCCCAACAGCCCUCACUCCUGCUACAAGUUGGAGGUGGUCGCUGCAGACUGCAACAGUGAGCCAUUAGGUACAGAGCUAGCAGUGGCCUUGGGCUUUGAUCUGUCCUCCAUGGAGAAAAGGUUACAAAGCCUGGAGAAGAAGAUUCUUAUAGAAGCUGGUGAGACUCCGGCCAUUGUUUAUGAGAUGAAGAGACAGGUGGAGUCAUUCAGAGAAAAGCUAGAGAGCGUGGAGCACCUGAGCUGGCUGGGUCUGUUUAAAGAACUCUCGGAGGGAACCCACAAGCCCUCACCAUUCUAUCAUAAGAGAACACUGCGCAAGACACGUGAAGAGUGCGAACAUGUCAAGGAAAAGUUCCUCCAGAUGAGUUCUCUGGAGGUCUCUGAGGAGGUGAGGCAAUACCUCAAGACACCUACCUUUGACAACUGGCAGUGGGAGGAUGCUGAGAUCAUGGUGCUGCUCCAGGUGAUGUACACAGACUUGGACUUUAUCUCCACCUUCAACAUAGAGCUAGACGUGUUGCAGCAGUUCCUCUACGAGGUCUACAAGCGCUACAACAACAUCCCCUUCCACAACUUCAAACACUGCUUCUGCGUCACUCAGAUGAUGUAUGGGCUGAUUUGGCUGACGGAUCUGAGGAGUAAGAUCGACAGCAUCGAUCUCUUAAUCAUGCUGACUUCAGCUGUCUGUCAUGAUUUAGACCACACCGGCUACAACAAUGCCUACCAGAUUAAUGCUCGCACUGAACUCGCCUUGAGGUACAAUGACAUUUCCCCUUUGGAGAAUCAUCACUGUGCUGUAGCAUUCGAGAUACUAGAAAAGACUGAGAGCAACAUUUUCCGGAACCUGACAACAGAGCAGUACAAGAGGAUACGAGAGGGCAUAAUUAAGUGUAUUCUCGCCACAGACAUGAGCAGACACACAGAGAUCCUCAACAAGUUUAAAGCCAUUCUGCCAGUGUUUGACUUCAGCAACAAGGACCACAGGGAUGUGCUGAUGAUGAUCAUGAUCAAAGUGAGUGACAUCUCCAAUGAAGCUCGGCCCAUGGACGUUGCAGAGCCCUGGCUGGACUGCCUGCUGCAGGAGUUUUUUAACCAGAGUGACAUGGAGAAGCUGGAGGGGCUCCCUGUGACCCCAUUCAUGGACCGAGACAAAGUGACCAAACCCUCUUCCCAGACUGGCUUCAUCCGCUUUGUUCUGUUCCCUCUCUUCAUCGAGCUAGCCAAUCUCUUCCCCUGUCUGGAGCAACAUAUCAUUGAUCCAGUGAGGAAAGCCCUGGACUACUACACAGAGAUGGAGAAAGCAUUAGAGAGAGAGAAGCAGAAUCGGACCCAGAGUGAAAAGACCAAACCCAAAGAGAGUAACACACCAAAGGAGUCUGAGCUUCCACAGGAGACGGGACCAGCACUGAAACCAAGCACAGUGUAA